AUGGCCAUCCAAGGAAUCGUGACUGCCAAGAUCAAGCAUAAGCGUGCAUCUGCCCCCAAAAGUCGUAAUGGCUGCAUCACAUGCAACCUCGAUGAGGCCUCCUCUGCAUUGCGGCAGUUAGACGUAGCCUUUGACGAAAAGCCUUGGCACUACGAGGGAACCGAUGAUCCAGACACAGCCAUUCUUGUGGUAGAAGCGACUAAAAAGCUCCAAGACGCUCUUGAUCAAUGGACCGCUCGUCUCGAUUCUCUUUAUGAGCUCAGAAAAGAAGACAAUACAAUUGAAGGCGAACAACAAUACCGUAACCUCCGCCUGCGACAGAAAUACUGGCAAAUGUCGAUCGAUUCAUACUCCUCGGAUGAAGCGGCAGCAAGACCAGAGACAUUUGAGCCAUUUCUGGCGGCAGCCAAAGAAGCAGCAGCGCCUAUCAUAGCUCUCAAGCAACCGACAUUUUCGCUCGAUGGCGAUCUAAUCUCCGGUCUUGCUUUCGUCGCAUCGACUACAGAAGAUGAUGAAACGAAAGUGCAAGCUCUUGAUCUACUUUGGCGUUUGAAUCGUCGGGAAGGUCUUUUGGAUAGUCGCGAUAUUGUCGAGAUGCAUGAGCUUGCAAGGGCGCUUGAAACGUGCACGGAAGAGGUGGAGUUUGAUGAGACUUGGAAGCCUACGGCGGCGGCUGGGAUACCGACGAUUAUCGAGAGGUUGCGAAAGAGCCUGGGACAAUUAGAUAUUAACUAA